AUGGCAAAAGAUGGUAAUAGGAAGGACAACAAGGAGGUUGCUGCUCAAGUUGACGUCGGAAGGUAUCUCCACCUCGCCUCUGGAUUAGGGCACGACCUCGUCGUGUCGCUCUUGCUCGAGCAUGGCGCCGACCCCAACAUCGAUACGGACGGCGACGGUAUGACUCCCCUCUUGUUGGCAGCUAAGGAAGGCCAUGUUCGUGUGGUAGUAGCCCUGCUAUCUGAUGCUCGGGUCGAUGUCGGACAACGACACGGCGCGGGCGGUCGCUCGGCCCUUGACUUGGCGGCGAUUGGAGGGCACGCCGAUGUCAUUUCGGCGAUUGUCGAGCGACAGCCGGACGUCCUUGACUCGACGUCUGAUGAUACUGGGUUUUCCGCCUUACACCACGCAGCUAAUCACGACGCGGUGCAUUCCAUCGAUGCCCUCGUAAAAGCCGGAGCGAACCUCGAGAACCGAGACGCCGAAGGUUGCACACCCCUCCGUGUCGCCGCUGGUUGUGCGUCUGAGGCCGCCUUGCUAGCCCUACUUCGACACGGCGCUGACAAAGAGAGUACGGGAGUGGACGGGCUAACCCCACUGCAGGAUGCGAUGGAGAAUGACCUCUGGGGAAUAGCAACUGCACUAAUGGCCGCCGGUGCGGAUGUCAACGUUCGGCGCGGGUCAAAUGGGUACUCCCCGCUAGAUUGUGCCGUCCGGAGUGGUGGCAUGGACCUCACGCGCCAGGUGUUGCAGCGCGGCGCGAUUGCAACGGAGUCAGCUUCAGAUGGAUGCACAGCAUUGCAUUGGGCAGGAUGGAACAUGAACGCAUCCGCAGUCGACCUCCUGGUAGGAGCCGGCGCCGACCUGGAGGCAAAGCUUGCAGACGAGGAAGUCACUCCUCUCCAUCUCGCUGCGCGGCAGGCCGGGAAUGCAGCUGUGAUCGAGGCCCUUGCAAGGCACGGUGCCGAUGUUCAUGCUCAAGAAACUCCAUCGGGGCAGACACCUUUGCAUAACGCUGCUCAAAACUGCACUACCGAAUCUUCCUGGGAGACGGUGGACGCGCUGUUGAAGGCCGGGGCCGACGAGACUAGACUGGAUUGUCAAGGCCAAACUCCCCUAGAUGUUCUCGAAGCCAGGAUUGCUGUUGGCGAUGUUGUGGGUGCGAACGCGGCCGAGCACACCCGAAGCAUGCUGGUGAAUGCCCCGAAGGACAGGGCGCAGAGGGCGUGGAGUCGACGAUCUUUCUUCGUGAUGUGUCGCGCUCACCCCAACAGGGCGCGGCUGACUGUUGUCGAUGGCACUACAACUAGCCCCAGUGCGAAGAAGUUGGCAACAGAAGCUACAGCGGUUGGUAGCGGGUGGCGGGGGACCAACUGGGACAGCCGUGCGGAUAUUUUCCAGCGUGCGAUGAGGAGCUUGAUGCUGCUGAAGGAGGAUGGACUAUUCCGGAAGAUCGUGGCGUUCCUGUGAACGAUGAAUCUGCGGGUGAGAGCGGCGCCUUUGAUGAAUCACAUGAGUUCCCCGCCCUUCCUCGAUUGUGCAGCAGUUUCCUCUCUUCUGCGCCCUCGCCUUCUUACAGUGGUUUGCGGCCAUCUGUUGUGUCGGAUUUGCUGUUGCGUGGGUGGGGAGCGACAGGAGACGGAGUGUUGAUAUACUCGUGUGGUUGUGCCUCUGUCUUGAUUUUGCGAACACCUUGGUAUGUUUUUAGUGGCUGGAUGGCCUUGGGGUGAUCCGUUGUACAGCGAGCGUGGUAUUUGUUCGUUUUUUGUUCGCGGGGAUCUUCCAGUCAAAAACACACGAGCUUUGUGAGCUGUUGAGCAUCCUAACAAAUCACAACCAGCAGCGGGCACCUGACUGCGGGCUGGUCCUGCUGCCUGCUUUUGGCUCGUCUUUCCUCACCCCUUGACGGAUGACGCUGCUGUCCACUCCUUGACCCACUCCGGAGGGAUCCCUUGUAUUUCCGUAAAUAUCCUGUUCAUCUCUCCUAUGAACCAAGUGUACCCGCACACACACGUCUUGCGUGCUUUCCUCUCUUGAGUUUUUGCUAUGGCCUCCCGGAGUUGUUUCGUAGGAACACCUGUCGACUGUCGCCGCACGUGUAUCUCAACACGCUUUUUACCAGAACAAGUAAACCACGUUUCACGAUGCGCGAAAUAGAAGUGGUUCCCUCUGUCGGCGUUGUUGUCUUGGUGGAGCGGGCGUCGUUUCUGCCCAGGACUAAACGAUCAACUCCCAGGGAAGUUCUACCUACAUCGACUGCAACUCUACUGCUGUGCUGACCGCCGCCUGUUCAUUUGCCUCGAUGACAUACUCCAUUGCUGUAAAUCAGUAUCACUCCUAACGUACUAUCCUAUGUAGCCCCCACCCCUUCAACUUGUUUCACCUACACGAAGAACAAGAUAACAUUGUUGACUUCAAAAUGAGCGGGAAACAACCACACUCAAAUCUACAUGCAGUACAACUCCAACUGUUGAAACUCAAAAAAAUUAAAAAAAAAAGUUUUGGUGCGUGUACAUGUACAACACAGUCCCACAGCUGUACAUACUGUAGUCUAUAUUCAAGUCGCCUCAAACAGCAGCUAAGUACUUUCUAAAAACAGCAAGUUGUCAAACGACACUACGCCAUUUUCCCUGUGAAGGCAACAUUCCACAUAAAAUUAAGAAUGUAUCCGCCUACAUAGAUAGAUGCUUUUGUCGUUAGCUCCAACUGGCAUUACUGAUGACUCAGUGAGAAACAAAUAUACACACAGAAAGACUACCCGUUCGAGGUAUAACUACACUCGAAGGGGAUGUGUUGAAGUCUUUACAGUGAGUAGAGGAAAACCAGCUGGGUACUUGACUUAUUUCGAGUUUGUUUAAGCCUAUACACUGAUGAUUUAUAUCAGUGAUACCAGUUGGUGCUUAGCACAAAAACAUCUGCGUAGGUACAUUUACAUGUGGCCUGCACAGGGAACACGGCGCAAUAUGUCAUGUUGACAGUAGUUGCUGGUUUAAUUUAGAAAAAUACAUAUAUUAGGAAAAACAAAUAUGCACACAGAAAGACUACCCGUUAAACACAUAAAAGCUCCCUGUUCGAGCGAAAUUCAUAGUCGUUCGAGGGGGGCUUUUUACAGCAGUAUUUAGGAAAAACAAGUAUACGUGCAGAAAGGCUACAGCAGUAUGCAAUAACCGACAUACGUUAGUUUAUCUAUUUACUACAAAGUACUGACUAUUACAGCAGUAGUUGUUGUACCUAUUUGAAAAAACAAAUAUACAUUAGUCUAAUUAUUUAUUUUAU